CAAAAAAUCAACGGAUGAAAAGAAAAGCACGCGGAUCGUCUCUGAUUAUAUAUAAAAACAUUCACCGGUCAUGUAACAUCGUCAAAUCUCCGUCUCCGAUCAAUUAACAGAUCUACAUAAAGCUUGCGAAGAGAGAUGUCAGGAAGAGGAAAGGGAGGAAAGGGAUUGGGAAAAGGAGGAGCGAAGAGGCACAGGAAGGUGCUGAGGGAUAACAUCCAAGGCAUCACCAAGCCUGCGAUUCGUCGUCUUGCUCGCAGAGGAGGCGUGAAGCGUAUAAGCGGUCUGAUCUACGAGGAGACCAGAGGAGUCCUCAAGAUCUUCCUCGAGAAUGUCAUCCGCGACGCCGUUACUUACACCGAGCACGCUAGGAGGAAGACGGUUACUGCUAUGGAUGUGGUUUAUGCUUUGAAGAGGCAGGGACGCACUCUCUACGGGUUCGGCGGUUAAAACGACGAUGGACUUAGUAGGGGAUUAGUGUUAUCUGUCUUGUUCUUGUUAUGCUAAUGAGUUGUCAAAUUAAAGCUGAGAAUGAUUAAUAUUAUGUCUUUGAUUCUCUUAGUUUGAUUUGUGAAUCCAAGCUCAAGUUUAACU